ACUUUUCGUAAUGCUAAACAGCCGGAGCGUACCCCCCUGAUCCAGCUUUAAUAUGCCUGUUAUUUGUGGCAGCACUUCUUUUCCAAAAUCAGUGCUUGUAUUUCCAAAAUCGUGAUUUCCUCGCUGAGGAGUGAAAUCGGCUUCAUCGUUGCUAAAAAUAGCUGAUAGCGUUGUCAUUUUUAGCACAUGGUUGCCAAAAAUGGCAUGUGCUAAAAAUGACAACCAUUGACCAAACCUCCCCCAACUGAUAAAUAAACACUCGGGCUUGGAUUUCACAACCCUAAUUUUUGCAAGGCCGUUCAUACCGGUGGUGAUGCCAUUGGGUCAAGACAGUUGAACAACCUGGAGCUUGGUGAAGAAAUAUUGAUAGAUACUGCUUUUCGGGAAGGCUAACGCAGCUACAUUUCUAUCAGUUCAGGCCAGUACUUUGUGUCCAGCACCAUGUCAUCCAAGACCAAGCGCAAGUACGUGUACCAGGAGCACAUGUCGGAGGUGGCGCCGCCUAGCGGUGACCAGACCAUCGCCCGCCUGCUGGAGACCCGCGGCAACAACCUGCACCAGGUGGAGGACGCCAACGGGGAGGUGUACCUGGUCAGUAUGCCCAACAAGUUCCGGCGCAACAUCUGGGUGCGUCGCGGCACCUUUCUGAUCCUCGAGCCGAUCGCCGAGGGCGACAAGGUGCGGGCAGAGGUGGUGAGAGUGCUGUCGCGGGAGCACGUGACCGAACUGCGCAGCGCAGGCGCCUGGCCAGAGAGGUUCGAUGAGGUAGGCUCGACGGCGGCAGACGAGGCAGCUGAUGAGUUACAAAACCUGGACCUGGAGGAGGGGAACCCGAACCGGCCUCCGGUGGAGGUGGAGACAGACUCGGAGUCAGAGUCGGAGGAGUCGGAGGAGGACUCUGAGUCGGACGGUGACGCCGAUCGCAGUGGCAGUGAGAGCGGGGUGUGAAUAUAGUGUAUCGUGUGUCCGUUCGUGGGACCGACGGAUGUUACAAUACGACAGGCCGGGGCAACGCCAGCCUAACACACGGCCUCGUGGCAACGGUGCCGGCCCGGCGCGGCUGCAAUCGACUUCACCUCAGCUCGCCCGGGUCGCCCGGAGGCGGUGGCACGCGGGCGCGGCACUCGGUCAAUUACAUGCCCGACUCGCAGUGUAACGUGUACAAAUGUCCAGCGGACCGUAUCGAUCAGCGAGGCUGGCGCCCGGCGGCGGCAGUUAUGCAGAAUGAACAGGGAACUUGCGAUGGCCAAUGUGCAUUGGAUGUGCACACUGCACAGUGCACGCCUACUGUCCAUUGAGUUUCGGUGGAGUCAGCUCUGUGACUGUUGGUGAAUAGUCGUGGAAUCGAUGUCGGGUUCUGAGCGGCCUGUCACGAAAGACGGGACAUUGUUUAUUGGAUUGUGCCGUUUUCGCAAUAUCUAUAUUCGAAAGUGAACGAAUAUAUAAUGCAGACUUG